AUGGGCACACUUGAUCCAAGGUACAAAGCGGACCAGGAAGGGGAGGAUGAUAGGGCUCCUCAGCCAACCUAUCAUAGGGAGCCUGAUGCUGGGGCUCUCUUUGUCCUGAAGUCCAAAGGAUCAUGGUGGCAUAGUGGUUACCACUUGACGACCUCAAUUGUAGCUCCACCAUUGUUGAGUCUCCCAUCUGCAUUUGCCUCUCUUGGAUGGGUAGCAGGAGUUCUAUUUCUGGUGAUUGGAGCAUUGGUCACAUUCUACUCCUAUAAUUUACUCUCUCUUGUUCUAGAACACCAUGCUAAAUUGGGUCAUCGACACCUCCGAUUUCGUGACAUGGCCAAUGACAUCUUAGGUCCAAGAUGGGGUAGAUAUUGUGUGGGCCCAAUUCAGUUCAUGGUAUGCUAUGGUGCAGUUGUGGGGUGUACUCUCUUGGGAGGACAAUGCAUGAAGGCAAUCUACUUGCUGUCAAAUCCAGAUGGUAAUAUGAAGCUCUAUGAGUUUGUAAUCAUAUUUGGAGGUCUAAUGUUGGUUUUGGCUCAAAUCCCAUCUUUUCAUUCGCUAAGGCAUAUCAACAUGGUUUCUUUGGUACUAUGCCUUGCCUACAGCGCCUGUGCUACUGCUGCUUCCAUCUAUAUCGGAUGUUCGUCCAAGGGACCAAAGAGGGACUAUUCUCUGAGCAGCAAUAGUGAAACUCGAGUUUUUGGCAUAUUCAAUGCAAUGGCCAUCAUUGCCACAACAUUUGGGAAUGGGAUCAUUCCAGAAAUUCAGGCCACCUUAGCACCACCAGUGAAAGGGAAAAUGUUCAAGGGACUCUGUGUUUGUUAUGCUGUAGUUACGGUCACUUUUUUCAGUGUUGCCAUUUCUGGCUAUUGGGCAUUUGGAAACCUAGCUAAAGGUCUCAUCCUCAGCAACUUUGUUGAUGAUGGAAAACCUUUGGUUCCAAAAUGGUUUAUUUUGAUGACCAACACCUUCACUAUUCUUCAACUAUCAGCUGUUGCAGUGGUUUACUUGCAGCCCACAAAUGAAGUGCUGGAGAGAACAUUUGCAGACCCAAUGAGCAGUGAAUUCUCUGCCAGGAACGUCGUCCCGAGGGCGAUAUCCCGAUCAAUCUCUGUCAUUAUAGCAACUUCAAUUGCAGCAAUGCUUCCAUUCUUUGGAGACAUCAAUGCAGUCAUCGGGGCUUUUGGUUUCAUGCCACUUGACUUUGUCCUGCCUGUUAUUUUCUUCAACUUGACAUUCAAGCCACCAAUGAGGAGCCCCAUUUUCUGGUUGAAUGCCACAAUAGCUGUGGUUUUCUCAAUAUUGGGUGUUAUAGCAGCUGUUGCAGCAGUUAGACAAAUCAGUCUUGAUGCCAAAACUUACCAGUUAUUCGCUAACAUCCAAUCAUAA